AUGACUGGAGAUAUCGACAUCCAUUGGACGAACUUGCUGAACGCGCUCUUCUUCAAGUUCAAAGGGAUGCACAACGCCUCCGUCUUCGGUGGUGAAGUGCAGAAUCCAGCUCGUUCUUACGCACGGGCCAUUGCCAUAACGUUUCUCCUUAUUUUCGUCACUUACGUAGUUCCUAUGACCGCUGGGAUCGUGACUGACGCGCAGUCGUGGAUCAUGCUGGAUCGUAACUCGUUCCCGUUCUUCGCCUACUACGUCGGAGGGGAAUUCCUGCAAGCUUUGAUCCAGAUCGCGUCGUGCUGCGGGACUGCCGGCAUGUGUAUGGCAGCGGUGCAUGUCAUGACGUUCCUCGUCAGCGGAAUGGCUGAGAACCGCCUCGUUCCGAAGAUUUUAUCCAAGAGAGGUGCCAAGUUCCAGAGUCCAUUUAAUGCCAGCAUUCUCACUCUCGUGCUCAUGGUGGGGUUGGUAGGACUGGACUUUGACAGUAUGUUAGCCAUGACCAACGCCUGUUCCGCUGCCGUUCAAUUGGUUAUCAUCGCUGCGAUCAUCAAACUACGACGUGAGUUGCCCUACAUCCCCCGUCCUACCAAAGUUCCUGGAGGAAUACCAGUGCUGUACGUCAUCGCAGUCAUACCGACGUUCAUGUUCGGGUACAUUACCUUCUACGCUCUCAGCAGUCUCAUGUCUGCUAUUCUCAUGGUCGCGUUCUUCGUACCGGGGGUCAUUUACGCCGGUUAUCGCUUGUACCGUUCAGGUUAA